AUGAAGGACACGCGCGUGCGGGAUGCCAUCCUGCGGCUCGGCGCCGAGAUUAUCAUUAGCGGCAUCAGGGUUCAGAUGAAGCCUCACACAGACAAGGAGACGAAGAUGGAGAUCCCGACAGACAUCUUCGUCGCGUGGGGGCGGCAGGUAGAGAAGACUUCUCCGCUGUCCGAGCGCGAGCUCACGAAGUAUUUCGAUACGAAGCACCAGGACUUCCUGUCCGCCUGGCGCGGCGAAGAGGAGAGAAGCAGCGGCAGGCGGAGGAGGCCGCCAGGCAGCAGAAGGCGCUCGAGGACCAGCAGAGGCAACAGGCCGAGCAGCGCCAGGCCUACGAGGCCGAGAUGCUGCGCAGACAGCACGAGGCGGCGGACAGCCAGAGGAAGGCGGAGGAGCAGAGGAGGCUGGACGAGCAGCGCCGCGUGCAGCAGGAGACCCAGGCCAUCUGGGCGGCGGGCGCCCGGGGCCGCCGCGGGCGGGGCGCCGCCCGCGGGCCGCUGCGGGGCUCGGGGCUGCUGGCGCCUUGAACAGCGUCGGCCAGGCCACACAAGCAGGUCACCCCCAGGAUCGACCCCAUGA